AUGUUAACCCUGAGCAAUUCCUUCGUUGCCGCCUUCAAAAUCCACGCUGCCGGUCUGCCCAACGGUACUACCUUCUCAACAGGCCUGGGUUCUCCGAUGGGGGGCUUUACUUUGACUCGCCUUUUUAAUGGUACCAUGACCGCCAUGCCUCAUCCCCAUGUUUCCCCAUCAACGAUCCAUCAGACCCCGGGUGGCCCAGGCCAGCUACCUUUAUCCUUGUCCGGUCAUAUACCUGGAACUGCAGGACUUACUUUACCUGCAUUUUCUACCGGAGGAGCUAACCUAUCUCCUUCCAGCUCUACUCCAAACACCGCUUCAAAUGCCACAUUUUCAUUUUCACCGUCACCAUCGUUGAUGCCACCAGUCUCUGCUGCCCUCAUAGGCCCUGCUGGAUCGGCUCAUAGUGGGUUGACUGCCAUAUCCAGUUUUUCUCCCGCUCAGCUUCAACCUUCAAUGACGGGUCUUCUGAUCCCAGCAACUUUGGGCAAACCAACAAUGCCAAGCUCAGUAUUUACGGCUGCGCUGCCGGUCAAUAUCGGCAAUAACAGCAAUACAAUGAAUGCACCUCAGACAGGUCUCACGAGGUUGGCGCCUAGCCCUGUAGGUGGCCGACCAAGACAAACAGUGACUUCUAACAAACGUGAUUCCAUCCCACCUUCUGCCAAUACGGCUGAAUUGUUACGUCGUCUCGAUGAUCAAAUUGGUAUCCUACAGCGCAUGGCUUCUCGCACCGCCCUACAAAACACUCGGCUCACCCAGCUAGUCGAUGUCCGGGCCCAGCUCCUAAAGGCAUCUUCGACCUCUUAUUCAUCUCCUCCAGCCUCUUCAUCUAAUCCUUCUUCUUCUAGUGCCCCAUCUCCCUCAUCCUUUAACACCACCUCUGAUACUAUCUUGCGAGAUGCCAUGCCUCUUGGACCUCGAAUGCUGCCAACUGGGCCUGUUGGGCCAUCUGUCUCAGUCGCCUCACCGGCGAUGACUAGUCCUUGCGGAGCUCCUGGCAAGCCAGCAAGUGCUCAGGCGCGCCAAAAUACUUGUGUGGGCCUAGUAAUGGCUCAAACACCCGUCACUGCCAGUGUGGUGAGUGCUUCAUUAUCUUGGGAAUUUUUCUGGAAGUACUGA